AUGCCUGCAACUAUUGGAUCCUUUGAUACUACUAUUAUAUCAGGCGACCGCAAAGACCGCAUUCGGGGCCUGCUUGAUGAGAUUGAGAGUAGUUACUAUGAAGACAGCGAAGAUGAUGAAUAUCUGCAAAACACUGUGGUAGAGCUCGGUUGUGGACAGAGUAAUGUCAUGUAUCGAAAGGUCACUUGGCUUGUCGCCAAGCCCUUCUCGUUCUUUACGCCAUGA